GUUUGUUAUUGUUUCUGUUAAUUGUUCUCAAUGCAACGUGAAAAAUUUCAAGAGAAAUGUUUAUGCUUAAAAUUUGUAUAGUUAUUUUGACGUAUGCUUGUUCAAGUGAAUCUUUUUUCCACAGACGAAUCGGACACACGGACGGAUUUGGAGAGUGUUGGAUGCCGAACAACCGAAAAGGACUGUGUUUACCAUUGAAAGAUUGCUCCGCUUUGAAUGUUUUGGCCAAUAAGAAACGUCUACGAAUUGCAGAUCGUCUGUUUUUGAAACGAAGCCUUUGUGGACACAUUGGUUUAACACCAUUGGUAUGCUGUCCAAAGGCCGAGAACAUUACAACCCGAUUUGACGGUUCACCGCUUAAAAUUGACGAUUUGCCAACCGACUGUGGCAGAUUGCAUCUGAAUCAUAAUUUGCGAUUGGAGUACAUAAUCGGUGGGAAAGAAGCCAGAAUUUACGAUUCACCAUGGCUAACGCUAUUGCGGUACGAGAAAUCUCAAGGAACAGGCUUUCACUGUGGAGGGGUUUUAAUCAACAAAGAUUACGUACUCACUGCCGCUCAUUGUGUGACAGAAGACUUGCUGAAAAAACUGAAAAUGAAACUGAUUUCAGUGAGGCUUGGUGAAUGGGAUGUAAGCAGUGAAAAUGAUUGCCAAAAUAGAAUAUGUUCAGACGCUGUAUUAGAUGUUCCAGUAAAAGAAGUGAUAUUACACGAGGAUUAUCGAGUUGAUGCGGUCAGCCAUGCACAUGACAUUGCUUUAAUUCUGCUAGAUCAUAGUGUAAUGCCAACUAUAUGGAUCCGACCAAUUUGUUUACCGAUUAAAAAGCAAAUGGCAAAUAAAAACUAUGACAAUAUCGAAAUGGAUGUAGCCGGUUGGGGACACACAUCUUCAUUGCCAAAUGCAAAAAGUAGCAAUAAAAAGAUGCAAGUGACAUUGAAUGGUGUUUCCAAACAAAGAUGCGAUCAAAUGUACAAACGUUUCAAUGUGUCGAUUAAUGAAGGGCAGAUGUGCGCCGGUGGCGAGGAAGGAUACGAUUCAUGCCGAGGUGAUAGUGGAUCACCACUUAUGUGGUAUGAUGACGACGAAGAGACUGUUGAUCCACCGCGUUGGUAUGCCGUAGGAAUUGUUUCAUUUGGACUAUCACAAUGUGCUCAAGCAAAUUUUGCUGGCGUUUAUACUCGAGUGGACAAAUACAUUGACUGGAUCAUAAAUCAUAUGAAGUACUUUGAGUGAAUAUCGUGUUCGUGUUUAGCUUUAAAACAAAUAUGUCUAGUAGAAACAAAAGGCUGUUCAAUUUUUUUUAAAUUUAAGAAUUUGCAAUAAAUGUGUGUGUGCCACAGAAUGAAA